GUCAUUCGUGCGCGUGGAAUUGUGGGAAAUCCGAACCCACCAGGCGCUAAGGUUAAACUUACUCCCAUGUUUCUGCAGAUUUCUGUGCAUUUUUAACAUCGAGUUGCGAUUUAAGGCUCUGGUUCAGCGCCCCGCAGAUUAGCGACUGGGAUUUCUUGAGAAGAAAAACUCACCCGCCGGAGGCCACGGAGUCCAGCCACAGGUAACGAUGAGCGGCGCCAUGAAUUUCAAACACUGCGGCUCCGUCCUGGUGACGGGAGCCAACCGGGGGCUCGGCCUGCAGCUGGUGGACAGCCUGGCGAGCUCAAGUUUCUCACCGGGCAAGAUCAUAGCCACGGCCCGGACCCCCGCGUGUGCACAGAAACUUCAGGAACUGGCAAAGAAGUAUGCCCACGUGCACGUAGUUCCUCUGGAUGUGGUGAACCAGGAGAGCAUAGAGAAGUGUAUGCAAGAGGUGAGCCAGCUGGUGCAAGAGGAGGGUCUCAACUGCCUGAUCAACAACGCGGGGAUCAACGUAAAGGCCGACUUUAACUCUGUUACCGCGGAGAUGAUGAUAGAAAACUUUCACACCAACGCCGUGGCCCCUCUGAUGAUCACAAAGGCCUUUCUGCCUCUGCUGAAGCGAGCUGCUUCCAGAAAAGGAGCAGGAAACUCGUCGAGUAUGGGCAUCCAGAGAGCAGCGGUGAUUAACGUGACCUCUCUGCUUGGAUCUGUGGAGCUGAACUGGGGCGAGAGGGCCGACACCUUCAGGUGGUACCCCUAUAGGACAUCCAAGAGUGCCUUAAACAUGGUUAGUCGCUCUAUGGCGAUAGACCUGGAGCCUGACGGGAUCCUCUGUAUGGCGAUACAUCCCGGUUGGGUCCGCACUGACAUGGGGGGUUCUGAGGCUCCACUGAGUCCCGAGGAGAGCAUUUCUUCCAUGUUGAAUGUGAUUGGUGGGCUGACUGAACAGGAUCACGGGUCAUUCCUGAACUACACCGGAGAACAAUUGCCGUGGUGAUCCACCAUCAUGACAGUAAUGAGUAGGAUGACAAUUCAGGAAGUGCUGAUUAACUUUGACUAUGCAGAGAUGAUUGUUUCCCCCCGUGGCUUAAGGUCAGGGUUAUUGCUUCAUCUACAUUUUUCUGCUAGAAUACAUUUUGCAUAUUUUACCUAGAUGCAACACGUAAAGAUGGCUUUGAAGUGUUCGGAGUGUGCAAUAUUACUUGUCUUUUGGACAACAAAUUGUAGAUACAGUAUGUAUGAUAUAGUGUGUCUGAGCUGCCCCACUCAAUGACGGUGCUUUAGGAGAAAACUAUUUAGCCUCCCAUCAGGGAUCAAAAUGUGAGCGUACCUCACUUGAAAUAUGUUACCCUGGCAUUGCAAGAGAAAUGCAAAUUAAUCUGUUACCUCUAAUAAAAAAGUUUAAUAGAUAGAUGCUUUAUUCAUCCCAAACUGGGAAAUUUAACAGUUGCAGCAGGAAUGUACAGGCACUCACACCAUAUGUCCUAUAUAACAGGAAAGAAAAAUGUUGUUAGACCAAAAAUGACCAAAAUGCAUCUGGAAGCAAUUGGACAAAUCUACAACAAAUUGUAACCAUCUUGAUUGUUUACAUUUUUGAAUAAAUAUGUGUUUUUAGUUCACCAAGGGCAAAGCGAGAGGGAAAUCUGAAAACAGGUAAACAGCAUUUAAAAAAAAAAAAGUUUUUAUCUGAUGUUUCUAAAAAAAAACAACAACAUCAAACUGUUGGAGAUUAAGGAUGAGUCACAAACCAAACUUCUGUGUAAAUUAUCUCUCCAACAAUUUCUUCUGGCUUCCAUGUUUCCUACAGUGUAAAGCUGCAAAAUCAAAUUAAGCAGUAUGACUGUUAAUAAUGUGUUACAAAUGUACUAGUUUACCAUGUCAACAAUAAUACACACAGCUGUUGGUGCAAGUUUCAUAAGGAAAUGUAUUAGCUAUUCUUAAAUUGUUACUGUCUAGACCAUUCAUAUUUGCAUUAUUGAAGUGAAACAGUAAUAAAGUUGGAAAUUCGGUACAAGUGUA